AUCCAGAGUUUAUUCCAACAGUUGAAAACUUAAGGGUUUUCUUCUACUGGUUUUCCUGUUUGUGGAUUUCUAAAAGUGUUGGUAGAAUGGGAAAUCUCUUCUGCUGUGUGAAAGUGGAUCAAUCCAAAGUAGCUAUCAAGGAAAGGUUUGGAAAGUAUCAAGAGGUACUCGAACCCGGAUGUCAUUGCCUGCCCUGGGUUUUUGGCGAAUUCAUCGCUGGCCAUCUUUCACUUCGUGUGCAGCAGCUGGAUGUCAAGUGCGAAACUAAGACAAAGGAUAAUGUUUUUGUCAAUGUCGUUGCAUCAGUUCAGUAUCGGGCUAUGGCUGAUAGGGCUAACGAUGCUUUUUACAAACUGAGUAAUACGAGGACCCAGAUUCAGUCAUAUGUCUUUGAUGUUAUCCGAGCAAGUGUUCCAAAGAUGAAUCUUGACGACACCUUCGAGCAAAAGAAUGAGAUAGCAAAAGCUGUUGAAUUGGAACUGGAGAAGGCCAUGUCUGCUUACGGAUAUGAGAUUGUGCAGACACUCAUUGUUGAUAUAGAACCCGCCCAGAAUGUGAAGAGCGCAAUGAAUGAAAUUAAUGCUGCGGCAAGGUUGAGGUUAGCAGCCCAGGAGAAGGGAGAAGCUGAAAAGAUCAUGCAAAUUAAGAGAGCUGAGGGAGACGCGGAGUCUAAACACUUGUCUGGAUUGGGUAUUGCUCGUCAGCGCCAAGCUAUUGUGGAUGGUCUUAGAGACAGUGUUCUUGGGUUCUCGAUUAAUGUUCCAGGGACUACGCCAAAGGAUGUUAUGGAUAUGGUUCUAGUUACUCAGUAUUUUGAUACCAUGAAGGAGAUUGGAGCUACCUCCAAAUCUUCAGCUGUAUUCAUCCCUCAUGGACCUGGUGCUGUUCGUGAUGUUGCCACCCAGAUACGGGAUGGACUUCUUCAGGCAAACAACUUGCGUACUGAUUAGGUUUCGGCGUUCAAGUUAUUUUUGAGAUUUUAGUUCUUUUGAGGGGUUAGUAGCUAGUAUAUUGUUGGGACUAUUUCACUAAAAGCACGCAGCACUUGAAAAUGGUGACGCAUAUUUCUUUUAUAAGAAG